AUGGCUCAUAUUGCUGGAUACAUCGUCAAUAUUGAUGUCAACCAUAUAACAAAGCCGCCCUCUCACCCAGGCUUACCUAGCCUGUCUCUUCAGAAUCAGCUUCAUCCAGAGAAGCCAUUUACUUGGGAAGUGCGACAGCCCGACCCACCGCGGAAAUACCAGUUCUUCCCCAAGGAGAGGAGGUUGCCGGUCCUUAACAGCAGGACUAAAGGCGUGGACGUCGAGAAGGGUAUUUCUACACCUUCGCUGCUAACGAGUGAUAAGAUAGACAAGCUCGCGCUAGCUUCCAGUGGCCUGAAAAAGAGGCUCAAACAGUAUAGUUUGGUCCUACAGCGCAAAAUCAGUGUACCAGAGCUUGGGCCCAUGACAGCAGUUCAAGAACUUGCCAUUGAUUCCCCGGCUAUUCCUGGACGCCCGCCGCCCUCACACGCGCGCUCCACUAGUGUCCCUAAUAAUUCGUUCGGAGAGUACCAGCUUACUGAUACUUUCCUUUACAUCUCCAGCGACGAUAAAGGUUCCCAGUCUCAGUCCCUCGGCAAAGAGGCUCCUCAGGCAUGCCCUCAAGGCAUAGCCACCGUCUCGCCGCUUGACCCCCUGGCCAACCCCAAGUCUGAUGUACCAUUACCCUUACUCCAGCGCCUGCAAUCCUUCAACUACUUCCCUACUAGGAAUGAAUCUCCUAGACAUGGCCGCAUCAAUGGAUCCCCUCAAAGCCGCACGGCCACCAUACCCAAGUCUUCUAUGCCCGAUCUCACGACACCUAAGUCAGCAUCAACCAAUACCACGUCCUGCGGCACGCCGCCUACUCCUGUUUUAGCACCACUAAUGGAGUCUAGUGCCGCAGCUCUUAACCUAUGGGAUGGAAGUUACACUCCUCCCACCAUCACGACGGAAGUAGGUAAUGCCUCCCGAGGCCACCGAAGGGGUGACUUGGAAUCAUCGGGGAUUAUGGGCAGAGGCCUACCGAGGGAGGGAUCUGGCUUAGGCACCAACAACGAUCCAUUCAUCCAGAGACCAGAGCCGAGGAGAGGCAAGAGCUUAGAGCAAAAGGCCUUUGAACCGUUGCCUAUUGGUCUUAAGCAAGCCGAUGCCUUUGAGAAACUCGAGCAGUCUGAACUUACUUUACUUCAAAAGAAAGCGUUCGACCAGGUAAGACGAUUUGAUAUUCUUAAGUCAGCGGAUGUCGAGACGCUUUCUAAGGAACUCCGUCACUUGGAUGAGAGGACUGAAUACUUGCGUCACACCUACAAUGCUCUCCGCAUAGGCCGCCGGAACCUUCACUCACGCAUCUGUCAGUACCUGCGCUCUUCUAGUAUCGCCAAGUUCAGCCAUGAGUUGUUGCUGAAACAGGAGGAAGUACUUGCGAGUCUGGAUGCCUCUAUUGAUGACUGGGUGAUGAAGCUGGAACAGGCAGAGAACCGACGAACCCGCGUUCAUCAGAAGCUUCUCGAGCAUAUUGCUGUAGCUGCGUGCCUACCUGUUGGCGGAUUGACCACUACACCGGAGCCACAACAGACCAACACUCCUGCUUCUGGCACCGGUGACAUAUCGACUCCUUUGCGAAGCCCCUCCAAGGAAAUAUUCACAUCCGCUCGUCCCUCGAGCACCUCGCCCUCGCCUCAACGCGCCGUAGCUCGGGUUCUCAACACCGUCGUGGAGCAGUCUAUUAUCGGAAAGGUAGCAACACGAGAACCUGAGCAGCAUGUGACAAGGACUGCAUCUCCGAAUCGAGCUGAUGUGGAGAUCAUCUGCAUCUAUGCUGGUGAUGAUUUGUAUGUUUGA